AGUAGGGCCUGAGGGAGCAAGGACAGGGAAGAGUGUUUUUGUGACACUGCUGGUAGCGCUGAGAGAUGGGAGUCUGAAGAGACUCGGAAAGGACCCAUAUCGCUGUGACACCGCUGGCACUCCCUGGGGGACGCGUGUCGGUGUGGCACCGGUGCACGCUGAAGGAGCGGGUGGGACUGGGUGACCAUGGGGAUGUGGGCAUCGGUGGACUCUGUGUGGGACUUCCCCGCGGAGAAGCGAAUCUUCGGGGCUGUGUUGCUCUUUUCCUGGACUGUGUAUCUUUGGGAGACCUUCCUAGCCCAGCGGCAGAGAAGGAUAUACAAAACAACGACUCGAGUACCACCAGAAUUAGAGCAGAUCAUGGAUUCAGACACAUUUGAGAAAUCCCGACUGUAUCAACUGGAUAAAAGUACAUUCAGCUUCUGGUCAGGGCUCUAUUCCGAGGUGGAAGGCACUUUUAUUCUUCUCUUUGGAGGGAUCCCUUACCUCUGGAGACUUUCUGGACGGUUCUGUGGUUCUGCUGGCUUUGGACCAGAAUAUGAGAUCAUUCAGUCUUUGGUGUUCCUGCUGUUGGCCACACUCUUCAGUGCACUGACUGGCUUGCCGUGGAGUCUGUAUAAUACUUUUGUGAUAGAAGAAAAACAUGGCUUCAAUCACCAGACUUUGGAGUUUUUUAUGAAAGAUGCAAUCAAAAAAUUUAUUGUGACUCAAUGUAUUUUAUUGCCUGUAUCUUCCCUUCUGCUUUAUAUUAUUAAAAUUGGAGGUGACUACUUUUUUAUUUAUGCUUGGCUGUUCACAUUAGUUGUUUCUCUGGUUCUUGUCACGAUUUAUGCUGAUUAUAUUGCCCCUUUGUUUGACAAAUUCACACCUCUACCGGAGGGAAAGCUCAAACAGGAAAUUGAAGUGAUGGCAAAGAGUAUUGAUUUCCCUUUGACUAAGGUCUAUGUUGUUGAAGGAUCUAAGCGCUCUUCCCACAGCAAUGCUUACUUUUAUGGCUUCUUCAAGAACAAGAGAAUAGUUUUGUUUGACACUCUGCUAGAAGAGUACUCUAUGCUAAACAAAGACAAACAGGAGGAGCCUGGCAUGGAACCCCGAAAUGAUGGCGAAGGGGACAGUGAAGAAGUAAAAGCUAAAGUGAAAAAUAAGAAACAAGGAUGUAAAAAUGAGGAGGUGCUGGCUGUACUUGGCCAUGAGCUGGGGCACUGGAAGUUGGGACAUACAGUAAAAAAUAUCAUUAUUAGUCAGAUGAAUUCGUUCCUGUGUUUUUUCUUGUUUGCUGUAUUGAUUGGUCGAAGGGAACUUUUUGCCGCCUUUGGUUUUUAUGACAACCAACCCACUCUGAUUGGACUUUUGAUAAUCUUUCAGUUUAUUUUCUCACCUUACAAUGAGGUUCUGUCUUUCUGUCUCACAGUCCUGAGCCGCAGAUUUGAGUUUCAAGCCGACGCUUUUGCCAAGAAACUUGGGAAGGCUAAAGACUUAUAUUCCGCUUUGAUCAAGCUAAACAAAGAUAACUUAGGAUUCCCGGUUUCUGACUGGCUGUUCUCAACGUGGCACUACUCGCACCCACCACUUCUGGAGAGGCUUCAGGCUUUGAAAGACACAAAGCAAGACUGAGCCAGCUGCUCAGGUUCCCUGACUGGACACACGUGCAGUUAUUUCUGUCCUGGCAGCAUGUUCCAGCUCUUGAUGUUUUUAAUUUUUUAAGAAAAAUGAUUAAGUACAUAAAAGUCCAGAUUUAAAUACAUUUACUAUCUCAUUUCAAAAAUGAUUUUAAUAAUCCAUUUCUUAAAACACUGGAUAUAGUCUUGAGGCUUAAUAUUUUUAAAGCAGUUUUAUCUCGCAUCUGGCUUACCAUCAGUUUGUAAAAUUAUUUAAGGAAAUGCACAACUCAUUUUAUUUCCUCACUGUGUGGAAUCUGCAUAUAGGGUGUUUAGGUCAUAUGUUUAAAGGUGGAAACACCACCUCCAGGCACUUUCUGCGAGGCAGAAACAAAGCGUGAUCCCAAAUCAUUGUGCUUGUACCUAUGUGGAAUUUGUUUUUACCUUAAUGCUGUUGCGAUUUAUCUAGCCAAUCAGUGUUUUUAAAUAAGAAAGAAAAGUAAAAAUUAGUAAGGCUAAUGCUGCUGAAAUGCACGCUGUUAGACAUGCUACACUGUUGUAAUUGCAAAGUUUUCUGUUCCCUUUCUUGACACACACCAAUCAGGAGUCCUCUCCUUUCCUGUUUUUGAGAUAAGGUCUUACUCUAACCCUUUCUGACCCCAAAUUCAUUCUUUUUUUUUUUUUUCCUUUUGGUUUUUCAAGACAGGGUUUCUCUGUAUGAUAAGCCCUGGCUAGCCUUGAACUCACAGAGAUCUACCUGCCUCUGCCUGCCAACUGCUGGAAUCAAAGGCACGUGCCACCACACUCAGCUCCCAUUGUUUAGCCCAGAAUAGCUGGGAUGGCCUAGAACCUUUAUCAGGCCUCCUGUCCUGGUCUCCAAAUGCCAGGAUUGCAAGUGUGAGCCGUCACACACAGUUUAGGAGUUAACAAUAAUGCUUGAAAUUAAAAACCUUCUAAAUCAUUGAGUUUGGGUUUGCUUUCAAGACAGUCUUAAUUUUAAACCAGGCUUGAUAGCACUUACCUUUAAUCCCAGUGAUUGAGGCAGAGGCAGGUGGACCUGUGAGCUGAGGCCAAGCCUGGCAAGUUCCAGGCCAGCCAGGGUUACAUAGUGAAACUCUGUCUCUAGAAAGAGAGACAGGAAGGAAAAAAGUCUGUCUCAAUUUUUAUCUUUCCUUCCACCUUACCUUAUUAGUGAUAAUCUAGCCUUCUCUCAUUCAUUUUUUUCCCCCAGUAAAAUAAUAGUACAUCCUUCUCACUUUGCAGAAGUUGUUGUAUUGUAGACAUUUCCCAGUGUCAAUUGUGGCAGAAUAUGAAAAAAAGAGAUUACAUUUGAAAAGAUACGAAGGUGAAAUAUUCAUGAUUCUCAUAUAACAGGAAAAAUAUAGUUUUUUAUCUUUUUUCAAGGACAGAAGUGUCUGCUUUUAUUUUUGUAAUUUUUUUAUUCACAAGUCUUAAUUAGGCCAGCUUCCAUCUUUUUAAAAUUAUAAUUCUUGGUAGGCAGGCAGAUGUUUACUUGCAGAGAAAGCAUCAUAAAAGAUUUCCAGUGGGAGAAGGUGCGUGCUUGACUGCCUCUAUUGUCUGUCCACGUCCUGGAUGAGAAUCAUCCUGCGCUUGCCGCUGCCAGCGAGUGGGAGCAUGCACCUCCUGGGCAUUUUCUCCACAUGGGACUGACCGUUCGCCGUGAUGUCUGUGCCCGCUGCCAUGUGAGUGAUGCCUUCCCGUGAACUGGCAGAGCUCUAGUUCAGUACUGCAUCGUUCAUCUCCUACAGCUACGCAAAGCAGCCCACGGUUUCUCUCCAGCAUCCUCUCCUGUGACUUCAUGCUCAGAUAACUGCCUCUCCUUCCUUCUGUGCCUUUAAAACACAUUUCAGUUCUGCACAAGUGAGACAUUAAAAACUGCCAAUGCAGAUUUACA